UACGUACCCCUUUUUCUUCUCUGUUUCAUUUGUAAGAAUGAAAUGCACACUUUUGUGUCACUUAUGAUUGACAAGAUUGUCAAAACAAACUCUACUCCGCAUACUCUAACUUAUUUCUAUAACCCAAAGACAUGAAUGUUAGUGACUGUUGAUUCAAACUUCGUUGUAGGCGUGAAGGGGAAGUUUUCAGAUUCCUAAUCCCCAGCAGCCAUGGUAUAAAAGGAACCAUUCUGCACUGUUAAAAAACAAACCAUUCACAAAAGGACCCAGAGUAUAGAAGGCUCUAUCCUGACACUGUAUCCAAGGUAAGAUAUAAUUUUCAUAUUGAAACUAAAUGUAUUGCAUGUGCAGAAAUCCUUCCGUUUUUUACCUGUAUUGUGGUGCAGAUGAUGAAAGUGACAUCAGAUUUGUUUGUAUCACCAGUACCAAUAAACAAUGUGAAUUGGUAUGUUUGUAUGUCUUUGUAGAUGCUGCUGGUGCUUCUACUGGUGAUGCUGACAUCGUGCACUGCAAUCCCUCAAAAUCUGGCAAAUAAAAUAUUCACCUUCCCACAACAAACCAAUACAGCUCAUGUGAGGAUGACUACAUCAGGAAACGAUCUGAAGGCUAUAACCGUGUGUUUCAGGUCCUUUACUGACCUCAAUAGAGACCAUUCCUUGUUCUCUCUGGCUACACCCUCUGCUGACAAUAACUUCCUGAUAUUCAAGAAAGCUGCAAAUGGCUUAUUUGACCUGUGGGCCAGGGGCAAGUUGAAUACAGUUGAAGGGAUUGCCUACAAGUUGAACACAUGGCAUUCUAUUUGUUCCACUUGGGACGCUACUUCUGGACUCAUGCAGCUGUGGGUCGAUGGAGUCCCCUCAAGUAGAAAAUUCACCAGCUCUGGAUCCAACAUCAAUGGACCCAUUAUCAUUGUCUUAGGACAGGAACAGGAUACCCAUGGUGGGGGAUUUGACAUCAAUCAGUCCUUUGUUGGCAUGAUGUCCGAUGUCCACAUGUGGGACCACACCCUUUCCUCCUGUGAGAUCCAGAACUACUCGAAUAAUCUGAGCUUCACAGCAGGCAAUGUGCUGAACUGGUAUGCGUUUGAGUUUCAGACAGUUGGAAGAGUGCUGAUAGAAAACAAACAAGAGUUGUGUCAAUAGGCAAGAAUUCUGAAUUCUUACAAGAUUUUAAAAAUCAAUAUCUGAAGUUGGAUUUUAUGUUUAAGUCAAAGGUUUAAAUUUUAAUUUUCUGAAAAAGUACAAAAACUUUACUGUCUAUGUGUUGCAAUGUAAAUGUAUAUAUCUAAAAUCAAGUCUUUUUUUUAAGAAUUUCUACUUUUCUACACUUUUUCUUUGUUUUUUCUAUUUGUCUGAUAAUUUUUUGGCGUAACUGCACUGUUUCUUGGAUCUUUUUAUUGUAUAGUGAGUGCUGCAUUACUGACGUAAAAUUUUACAGCAUAUUUUUUAAAAUGCUCAGUGUUGAAAUAAUUUUGACAAAUAUGUUAUCUUUUUAUACAUAUAACAAAUUGUGUUACUGUUUUCCAUUUCAAUGAUCUAUGUUGGGGUUGUUGGUUUUUUUUACUAAUUGUGUACUGGAGGCAUGAUCAAAGCAAGAAGUUUUGCUUUUUAUAAUAACAUUUAAAUUCUAUUCAAUAUGCAUUAAUUUCAUAUGUAUGUCUUUUGUAAUAGUAUGAUAAUUCAACACUUUUACUGGACAAUCACAAAAAAAGCAGGAGAACUGGGUGGUGUUAUAAACACCAUAUUAGUGGACCGUGGCCAGAGGUCUCAUUGUUGAAGAGUGUCAUGAAAUCAAUAUCCUUAGUAUCCUUAUUUUCCUAUUAUAUUGUUUUAUGUACUUUAAUAAUGAAGGCUUGUAGAGCAAGGCCACUUUUGACUCACAAAGUACUCAGCCAGUUUAAGUGCACAGGCAUAUUAAUAGAUAAGACACAGAAAAGAGGAACUUUGCCAUAUAAGCAAUGUUUGAAACUG